CGUGCACGUAUAAGAUUGAAAUCAGAUCAUUGGUCAAUAUACUACGGCCAUUGGUUUUCAGCUGCUGCCAUGAAGAAACCUAGACCCAAAGAGUCCUCAGGCCUUCUCCAUACCGUCGUGGUCAACUCAUGAGGCUGAUUCAAUGCUCAGAAUAUAAAGCAAGGGUAUUGUCCACUGCUGUUGUCUUGAUACCCUGGGCCAAGACAUCCACAUCACCACACUCUUUCUGAUCCUUUGAUCACUUGCACUCAUUCAGUGAUAACUACAAUGGCCGCCGUCAAGUCUCUCGUUCUUUUACUCGCCUUGAGCGAACGCUCCUUUGCUGCAAAAUGUGGCUUGAAAUCCAGUGUCCUGCCAGGCUACUCAGCCGCCAGCGUGUCCUCCAGCACCAACAACUCGACGAGCACUUCUAAAGCCUACUCGCAAAGUGCCUCUACAAACAGUUCUAGCACCUACUCGCAAAGUGCCCCAUCAAGCGCUUCGCCGGAUAACGCAUGCACCAGUCAAUAUGAUUCUGUUUCAGUUUAUCCUAUUCCCACCUCGUCUUGGACCACGACGGUGACCUUGACUGCUACCGAAUGGGUCUCCUCGGCUGAAGUUACUUCGACCAUCACUCCUUCGCCUGAUACCACUACCGCCACUGAGACUGUUCCUACCACUAUAACAGUCACUGCGAACACGGAUACCGAUGUAGUGACACUGACUUCAACGGACACAUCCACCAUCACAGACUUCAACACUAUUACCGAGACAGACACAGCAACUACGACAGUGUUCUCAACAAGCACAAGCACAAGCACUGUGUCUGCCCCCGCUGGUUUCACACCUAUCCUUGAGAAUUCCGAUUAUGUUGCCAAGCGAGACGGUGGCUCCGAGGGAUCUCAGAAGUGCAGCGCUGGACCCAGUGGGCCUGUUUUCUCGCCCGCGGCUUAUAUCGCAUCUGUGGACUGCGUCAAGACUUCCUUUGUCACCGCGACUGUGACCAGCACCAGCACUGACAGUGCUCCGACGGCCACAACAACUCUGUCGGCUUCCACCGACACAGCUACGUUGACAAUUACCGAAACGUCAACUAGCACUGAGGUGCCCGCGGAGAUCACUUCGACUGAGAGCGAGUUCACUACCGUUACCACCACAACUACUCAAGACGUUACAACUACGGCCACCGUCACAUCUACCUCAACCGUGGAGUCCGUCGUACCGGCCGCCACACCUUAUUACGAGGCAUGCGGAGCAUCAAACAUGCUCGUCACAGCCAACGGCGGUAACACUGUGCAGCAGAUCGAAAUCCGCCGUUCCGGGUACAACUUCCAGGUUGGUUCCGCAAGCAGCGCCUAUGAUUGCUGCGUAGCUUGCCAGACGAGUUCGACCUUCUGCGCUGGUUCCUUCUACGCCAACUCAUGCUGGUUUAUCUCUGCGACCACCUGUAGCCCGAACUCAGCCAUCCCUAUAUUCUCCACCACCUCGGGGUCAAGUAGCGCCUACAUCCUCAGCACUGGACCCUGUGGUACUUUCACCAAUGGCGGCAACAUUUAAGCGAGCUACGAUGUGGAGCAAUUUCAAGGCUGAUGCCC